AUGAAAGCCUCUUACCACUCGGUUCACCAGCCCAGCUGCAGCGUGUGCCGAAAGCACUGCAAAUCGUUUGAAUCGCUAAGGGAACAUACGAAUGGUCCCAUUGCGAAAGGAGAUUGCUCGAGAAUCUUUGCAGAAAGAGGUUGUGGUCUGUGUAUGAGAAUCUUUGAUAGCCCAGCUGUUCUUGAAGAACACCGGUACACGUGUUGCCUUCCUGCCCCUGUUCCUCUUGGAAGUAUGAAGAAGCCUUAUUCGGAAUCCCUAAUAUAUGACCCUCCACCGAACAAUGAAAAUGUCGAUUUUGGUCAUUCUGAGGCAGUUGCUUUGGAGUGUGAGAUGGUCGGUUGUGGUAGUGAUGGGUCCCUCGAUGUGUGUGCAAGGGUUUGCCUUGUGGAUGAGCAUGAGAAGCCGAUUUUCCAUACUUACGUUCUACCCCAAAUUCCAGUCACCGAUUACAGGUACGAGAUUACUGGCAUCACUGAGGAUCAUCUGAGAGAGGCCAUGCUUCUCGAGGAAGUGCGUGGGAAGAUUCUUGAUAUUCUCUACAAUGGGGAGUCGAUUGGGAUAUUGAGGCUGCAUGGAGGGAAAGGUAGAGUUCUCGUGGGCCACGGGCUCGAUCACGAUUUGGAUCGCCUAAAGAUGCAUUAUCCAGAUCUUUUGAUCAGGGAUACAGCAAAGUACCCGCCUUUAAUGAAGACGAAUCUCGUAAGCCACUCGCUCAAAUACCUAGUUAAGACCUAUCUCGGGCAAGUUUUUCUCAUCCCUCGAUUAUCUUUGGUUUGCCGUUCCAUUUUGCAAAUGCCAUGA